UUCCGGAAGACGUGGCUGUUGCUGCAGUGGCAGCUGUCCACCUUAAUGAUUGUUCAAUGAACUCUACAAUCGCUUAGUUGUCGUUUACAGUCGCCGGUCAAGUUAGUGCGAAGAUGAUUUCCUUAACGGACUCGCAAAAAAUCGGAAUGGGAUUAACAGGCUUCGGCGUGUUUUUCCUCUUCUUUGGGAUGAUCCUGUUCUUUGACAAAGCACUCCUGGCAAUUGGGAAUAUCCUGUUUGUUGCUGGACUCGCCUUUGUUAUUGGCCUAGAGAGGACUUUCCGCUUCUUCUUCCAAAAGCACAAAAUGAAAGCCACCAGUUUCUUCCUGGGAGGCGUGCUUGUGGUGCUCAUUGGCUGGCCUAUAAUCGGUGUUGUGCUGGAAGUAUAUGGAUUUUUCCUCUUGUUUAGAGGCUUCUUUCCUGUUGUAAUAGGCUUCAUCAGAAGGAUACCCGUCCUUGGCUCCAUCCUAAACCUACCCUUCAUCAGUGCACCUUCGUAGGAUAAUCAGCACUUGUGUAUGUGGACAAAGCGGGCGAGAGCAACACCAUGGUAUAGCACUGACAUCUUGUUUGCAAAGAAGGCUUCGUUUGAAUAUAGCAGGUUUAACAAAGCAACGCAAUCUGCCAAUGGAAAUGAUUUCAAAGUUGCUCAGGUUAUACAUUCAGAUAACAACACCCUCCUGCUGGCGGAAGAAGACGGAAAGACUGCUUCUGUUUGCCUGUUAAAAAUAGGUCAUCAGUCUGUUACUCAAAGGAGUUCCCAUACUAUAUUCCCUUCCAGUUGAUGAAAUCUCACAUGAAAGUGGGGAAUUGAAGGCAUCCCCGAAACAUCGAAGAUGACUUCUGCAAGAAUGAGUAGUGGGCAGUUUUUGCCGUAUUGUCCUUUUUGUGCCUCUGCUUUAAAUUCUUAAAAGCUUUUAAGUGCAGCAUUUUAUUUGUGCUGUUAUUAUG